ACCUCAAAAUAUAUUACAAGUUUGUAGUGUUUUGAUUCUCGAAGAAAAGUUUUUUCUGCAAAGUGAUAAAAAGUCCCAUAAAAUGCACACCGAGAUGAUGUCUCACAGUUUUGAAGACAACUCACCUACCGUGGCAACUCAUAAUGCAUUGGAACACUUUGUGGCUUUGGCAAAAAUGGCAAAAGGAGUCGCAUGUUUACAUCUCAUUGAGCAAAUUCUCGAAGCUCCGGGAGUGUACGUCUUCGGGGAGUUGUUGCAGAUACCCAGCAUAAUGGAGCUUGAAGGGGGACCCAAUGUUAAGUAUUUCAAUGCUCUUAAUCUAUUUGCAUACGGAACCUAUAAGCAGUACUUGGAGAGAAAAGAUCAAGUUCUCGAGUUAAAUGUGACAAUGAAGAAGAAACUGCAACACCUAACCAUUGUGACACUGGCUAUCCGGAAUAAAUGCAUCCCCUAUAAGACUCUUCUCGCAGAAUUGGAUAUCACGAAUGUUCGAGAUUUGGAAGAUCUCAUCAUCGAAGCAAUCUACGCGGACAUCAUCCAUGGGAAGUUGGAUCAGAAGAAUAGCCAGCUUGAGGUGGACUAUGCCAUUGGUAGGGACAUCCGCCCUGGAGAUAUAAACCAAAUCGUUGAUACACUGCAAGAAUGGUGCGAUUCGUGUGCGGCUGUUCUCAAUUGCAUUGAAACACAAAUUCACAGAGCUAAUGCCGAGAAGGCCCGUAGUAUCGGCCACAAGGAUAAGAUUGAGCAGGAGAUAGUGAAUCUCAAGAAGGCCAUCAAAUCCCAGGCAAUUGAUUGCGACGAAGCUAUGCCAAUGGAGAUGCGGGAACAGACAAACCAUGAAUCCAGGAAGAAAUCCACAAAAAACAAAGCCGGCAAAUCUGGAGGGAAGUCGUGGUUCAAGAUGGCUAAUUAAUUAAGGAUGUCUAAUGAAAUUCUCUGUAAAAUGCUUAUCAAUUUAUUACAUGAAAUCUUGAGAACAUA